AUUUCUUCCACCAAACAGAAAAGUCACUUCUAAACCCUAUUUCUUCUUCUUUUUCCUCUAGAGAGAGGGGGAGUGAAUUAGAUUGAUACAGACGGAAAGAUAGAUUUUCUUUGAUUUACCGAAGGAUGUCUGCGGCAGUGUGCGGGAGCAAGAGAUCGUUCUUCGAGGAUAUCCCGUCGCCGCCGUCAGCUUCUGUAUCCAAGAAGCUCCGGCGCUGCUCGCCUCCAUCUCCUUCGUCUGUUCACUUCUCUCCGCCUCCGUCUACCCUCGAACAACUCCAAACCCUCUUCCCUAACAUCGACCCUCAGCUUUUGGAGAGAGUAUUAUCAGAAUGUAGCAAUGAUAUAGAUACUGCUAUCAAGAGGCUACAGGAGCUUUGCAUAGGUGCUGCAGGGGUGGAGUCCGGCCCUUUUGAGGAUCUGGGUACAACUGCAGAGCUGGGUAUAUUGACCAAUGGUGGAGAAGCUGCUGCUGUGAGUGUUCAGAAUCCACCAGCCACUGAAAAUCUACCUGUUGAUGGUGCAGAAUGGGUGGACUUGUUUGUGAGGGAGAUGAUGAGUGCCACAAGUGUGGAUGAUGCCAAAGUCCGUGCAUCUAAAUUGCUGGAGGUUCCGGAGAAGGCCAUAAGUAAUCGCACUGCUGAAGAGGCAGCAAAAACUUUUCACAAGGAAAUGUUAUGUUAAAGGAACAGAUUGAAGUUUUGAUUCAAGAAAAUAGAGUCCUCAAACGAGCCGUGGCUAUCCAGCAUGAACGCCAAAAGGAAUAUGAAGAUAAAAACUAUGACUUGCAACAGUUGAGGCAGUUGGUGUCUCAGUAUCAGGAGCAGUUGCGAACUCUAGAGAUAAAUAACUUUACCUUGAGGAUGCAUUUGAGACAAACACAAUAAAGCAGCUCCAUGUGUUCUAAAGAUUAAGACGGGGCAUAGAGAUGGAGUGUUUAGCUUGCAAGUUAUGACCAUACAAUUAGCUCAAUCUGUUUGAUUGAAUCGAUGUGUCUCUCAUGCAACUUAUUGUGUCUAGU